CGGUGGCGGCGGAUUUGACUUGGUGAAGAAAGGAAUCGCUCUGAGUGAAGAGCAGUCUGGCAAUCGAGUUAACUGCAAAUGGAUUCAGCAGCUGGAGAAUUAAAGCAGGCUCUACCAUCAUUUGAAUCAAUGCAAAUACAUGUGGAAGUCUGUGUUAAACAGAACAGUACUGUGAAGCAUGAAGAUGUGCGUUUGAGUGUACUGCAGUUACUAAGUAGGCAUCAAGUCGUGUUUGGAGAUUACGUAUGGAUGCAAUUUGAUGAUGAAUUUCUGGCAAGGAAUGUAAAUUCUGUGAGCAUUGUGGACACAGACCUUACAGUUAAGGAAAAACAGCCUAUUGACCUGACAAAAUCCAAUCUUUCAAUUUAUAUAUUCCAUCUGAAUGAAGAAGGUCCAUCUGCUGAGGUUCUGGAAGGGGAAGAGGAGAAUAUGCCUGCAUCAAAUAACUGGCUCUUACCUGCUGGUGAAUUUCAUGGACUCUGGGAGAGUUUGGUAUAUGAUAGUGAAGUUAAAUCACAAUUACUUGACUACGUCUCAACCACCUUGCUGUUUUCUGACAGAAAUGUUGACAGCAAUCUGAUUACAUGGAAUCGAGUGGUGCUGCUCCAUGGUCCUCCAGGAACUGGGAAAACGUCUUUAUGUAAGGCACUGGCUCAAAAGCUCACUAUUCGAUUUUCUCACCGGUACCGGUAUGGACAACUAAUUGAAAUCAACAGCCACAGUCUCUUCUCCAAAUGGUUUUCAGAGAGUGGAAAACUUGUUUCAAAGAUGUUUCAAACUAUUCGGGACUUAAUAAUGGAUGCAGAAUCCCUUGUAUUUGUUUUAAUUGAUGAGGUUGAAAGUUUGACAGCUGCCAGGAAUAUUUCAAAGGCUGGCACAGAGCCAUCUGAUGCCAUUCGAGUAGUUAAUGCUGUAUUGACACAAAUAGACCAGAUCAAAAGAUUUCCUAAUGUGGUAAUUCUAACAACAUCAAAUAUCACAGAAAAAAUAGAUUUGGCUUUUGUGGACCGAGCAGAUAUCAAGCAAUACAUUGGGCCACCAUCUGCUGCUGCCAUCUUUAAAAUUUACCUUGGUUGUCUAGAAGAAUUGAUGAAGCGUCAAAUCAUCUAUCCCAGACAGCAACUGCUGACGCUGAGAGAAUUGCAGAUGAUCAGUUUCUUGGAAAAUGAUGUAUCAAGGUUGAGUUUGGCACUCAGGAAUAUUGCAGCGAAAAGUGAAGGACUUAGCGGACGAGUUUUGCGAAAGCUACCAUUUCUAGCUCAUGCGCUGUUCAUUCGGUCAUCAUCUGUAACAGUGGAGAAGUUCCUAGAAGCUCUAUCCAUGGUGGUGGACAGACAAUUUGAAGAAAAGAAAAAACUAAAUAAUAUUAACGGCAAGAUUUAGUGCUGCUCUUGACAAGAUAGUUGUGUGGCAUAAAAACCUAUCUUUAAGUAUUGAUAAUAUUGCCUUCAAUAUGCACCAUUUUAUUUUUUAUUACAGUAGAGGUAACUGAUAUGUAUGUUGUUUCUUUCCAUGUUAGUAAACAAUGUUUCUGUGAAAUUACAUGUUCUAAUCUUUCAAUCUCAUAGCCCAAAACCCAGAGAUAUCCCUUUAAUCAUUGUUUCACCUGCCCCUCCUGCUAAACCUACAUGGAAUCUACAAUGCAUAAACAGGCCAUUUGGCCACGGUAAUGUAUUGCAUUGGUGCUUGUCCUCUGUACGAGCUUGCCCAAUCCAGCAACUAUCAGAUUUCAUUUUAUCACUUUCUGCUUAAAGUACUUAUUUACAUUAAUUCAGGAAUGAUAUAUAGAAACUAUUACCUAAAAUAUAAAGUAACAGAAUUUCUUGAUUAUGACUACUCAGGCCACAUUGAUAUUUGGAAAAGGAUUUUUUUAAAUAAGCGCUACGGUAUUUUCAGGUAAUGGCAGUGCAAGAUGUAUUUACACACAUUAACUCUCCUACUUUUGGAAAAAUUCUUGUGGUUUUUAGAAUAGUUUUUUUCUCUAUUAAUUACCUUCUUCAAGCAUUAGCCAUUGACAGCUAUUAGUUGAUAAUAGAUUUACUCAUAUGGUAGGACCAUGGCAUGCAGUUAUCUCAAAUUAUUUGCCAGUCACAUUUCAGUAUGUAUGAUUGCAUGUCUCACCUACCUAGGAAAUUAAUCUUAAGAUUAUAUACUUAUUUCUGAGAAGUGCUGCAGCAUAAUGAAUUUAUGUAGAAACAAAUUAAUCACACUAAUUUAUGCUGAUGGUAUUUAUGGUGAUAUUUGUGCUCUGCAUGAGUUUUUUUUUGCAACGCAUCAGUUUAUCCCAUUUUUUUAAAGACAGUGCCAUCCUGUUAAGUGUCUACUGUACCCAUCACAGCAGCUCAUUGUCACGUUAAGUUCCACAUUUCAGUCUUUUUCUGAGUAAAGACAUUUCUUUUGCAUUUCCUAUUGACAUUUCUGAGAUUGCUCUUCUGGCCUCCAAAAGAUUGGCUGCCCCAUUUUCCCCAUUAGCAAAAAGAUUCUUUAAUGUUAAAUUGUAGGGAUGUGCUAACAUUAUUAACAGCACGUAAUUGUUGAGCUGUGCACAAAAUUUCCCCUACAUUCAAAGCAAAGGAAAUCCCAAGUGAUUUCUGUAGUUGAACUUAAUGACUUUUUUCAAGAAUUUGAGCACCUUGGAUCAAGAGGCAGAUUCCAUUCCUUUUAUAUUUGAGUAGUUAUCUCAUUACCAUAACACUUAAAAUAGAAACAUUGACGCUUGGAGUGUUAGGAGAUAUUUUUUAAUUAUAUCAAUAACUCUGUGUUCAUUCGCUUGUGCUGUGCAAAAUUUGAAUUUUGCAUAUGAUUAAGAUUCUGUUCUGUAGUUUUGAACUUGGGAAUAUGUUUGAGGGAAAACUAAUGUAACAAUGUAACUUUUAUAACAAAGUUAAGGUGAAUUUUCUGUAUGUUUUACCAUACUGACUGGAUUUAAGUAUUUGUGGUGUAAUAGUUGAAGUCUUAAGAACUAAAAACAAAAGACUCCAACAAAUUCUUCAUGUAAUUUAAUUGUUGGUUUUGGUAACUGGGGCAUUGAUUUUAAGAAGGGAUUUCCCAGUUAUUUGGUUAAACAAAUGUUCAUUGUAUCUUAUUAUGUACAUUGUUACUUUGUAAAAUACAAUGCAGUAAUCACUCUUAAUUAGUCAAUAGAUAAUCUUGAGGAUAAGCAUUAGAAUUAUCCCAAGCCUUGUGUACAUCUCAUAGUUAAUCUUUAAAUUGUUGCCAAAAAUAUUGAUAUGUUACUUGAAUAUUGUACUAAGUAAAUUAAUUAUUGAUACACGUUAUACUGUCUAAUCAUAUUGCUGCACCAUGAUUAGAAAUGUAAUUAAAGAUGAUAAAGUGAAACUACAUAAAACUGUAUUUAUCUACGCAGUAUUAUGUUGGAGAACCAGACCAGCAUUCAAAAAACAAAUUAGAAAUUUAAUUUUACUUUCCACAACUGAAUAUUUUGUGUUUGUGAAAUUUGAUUUUUCACAAGCUAUAUGGUGUGUAAAGAAAGUAAUGCUUGUUUAACAAGUUAACUUUAAUUUUUUAUGUGCAAUGUUAAGGAAAUUAACUUCCAUCUGUUGUCUUAUUCCAUUAAAACACUUGUUUUCAAAAUGUUCCGCAGUAUUUUUUCACAGAACAUUAGUAGGUGUUGAAAUGAUUGUUCUUGGCAUGUUUCUGAUUGUAUGUUUUGUAUUUGACUGUUUUCUAAUAUUUUUGAUAAAUUAAGAAUGUUAAUAAAAAAAAG